UUCUCAGGCAGCUGGACUGUCCUAGGCAAACCUCCACAGUCCUUAUCCGGGUUUUUAAUCCAAGGAAUCUUAAAACUGGAGAAUGGAACGACAGAGAAGGUUCCCGUCAGGGAAGGACAAGGAUCAGUCUCAACAUCAGGGAGCAGUGGAGCUGCUUGUCUUUAAUUUUUUGCUCAUUCUUACCAUUCUGACAAUCUGGCUAUUUAAAAAUCAUCGUUUUCGUUUCUUGCAUGAAACUGGAGGAGCAAUGUUGUAUGGCCUCAUAAUGGGAUUAAUUUUACGAUACGUUACCGCACCAACUGAUAUUGAAAGUGGAACUGUCUAUGACUGUGGAAAACUGCCCUUCAGCCCAUCAACUCUGUUGGUCAAUAUCACUGACCAAGUUUAUGAAUACAAAUUUAAAAGAGAAAUAAGCCAGCACAACAUCAAUCCUCACCAAGGCAAUGCUAUACUUGAAAAGAUGACAUUUGAUCCAGAAAUAUUCUUCAAUGUUUUACUUCCACCGAUUAUAUUUCAUGCAGGAUAUAGCUUAAAGAAGAAACAUUUUUUUCAAAACCUAGGAUCUAUUUUAACAUAUGCCUUCUUGGGAACUGCUAUCUCCUGUAUUGUCAUUGGGUUAAUUAUGUAUGGCUUUGUCAAGGCUAUGGUAAAUGCUGGCCAGUUGAAAAAUGGAGACUUUCAUUUCACGGACUGCUUAUUCUUUGGCUCACUGAUGUCAGCUACAGAUCCAGUGACGGUGCUGGCUAUUUUCCAUGAACUACACGUUGACCCUAAGCUGUACACGCUCUUGUUUGGGGAGAGUGUGUUGAAUGACGCAGUGGCCAUAGUCCUUACAUAUUCAAUAUCCAUUUACAGUCCCAAGGAGAAUCCAAAUACAUUUGAUGCUGCAGCAUUCUUCCAGUCCGUGGGGAAUUUCCUAGGAAUCUUCGCUGGGUCAUUUGCAAUGGGAUCUGCGUAUGCUGUUGUCACAGCAUUGCUGACCAAGUUUACCAGGCUGUGUGAAUUCCCAAUGCUGGAGACGGGCCUCUUCUUCCUCCUCUCUUGGAGCGCCUUCCUGUCUGCCGAGGCCGCCAGCCUAACAGGGAUCGUCGCUGUUCUCUUCUGUGGAGUCACACAGGCACAUUAUACCUACAACAAUCUGUCGCUGGAUUCCAAAAUGAGAACUAAACAGUUGUUUGAAUUUAUGAACUUUCUGGCCGAGAAUGUCAUCUUUUGUUACAUGGGCCUGGCGCUGUUCACGUUCCAGAAUCACAUCUUUAACGCCCUGUUUAUGCUUGGCGCUUUUCUAGCAAUUUUUGUUGCAAGAGCAUGCAACAUAUACCCCCUCUCCUUCCUUCUGAACCUGGGCCGCAAACAAAAAAUCCCGUGGAACUUUCAGCACAUGAUGAUGUUUUCAGGUUUGCGUGGAGCAAUAGCAUUUGCCCUAGCGAUUCGGAACACAGAGUCUCAGCCCAAACAAAUGAUGCUUACCACCACACUGUUCAUCGUCUUCUUCACCGUCUGGGUAUUUGGAGGAGGGACAACGCCCAUGCUGACGUGGCUUCAGAUCAGAGUUGGCAUGGACCCAGAUGAGGAUCCGAAGGAGGGACCCUCCUCACAACAGGAAGCAAAUAGUUUGGAUAAAAACACGACAAAAACGGAGAGUGCGUGGCUCUUCAGGAUGUGGUAUGGUUUUGACCACAAAUACCUGAAACCAAUUUUGACCCAUUCCGGGCCUCCGCUGACCACCACGUUACCAGAAUGGUGCAGUCCGCUUUCCAAGCUGCUCACCAGCCCGCAGGCCUACACGGAACAUCUGAAAGAGGAAGACUUGGAAUGCAUUGUCAACCAGGAUGAACUUGCCAUACAUCACCAGGAGCCAGCCUCAUCACCUGGCAGUCUUCCCCCAAGACUGGGGCUGGACCCCGACACCUCACCCCAGACUCCAAUCAAAGAAAGCAUUUACGAAGGGGACCUCGGCCUGGGAGGCUGUGGACUCAAGCUUGAACCAACUCAUGGUCAAUCCCAGCUGAAUUAAUUGUCCUGAGCAGUAAAAAUGUAAUCACAAGUAAUGCAAAGCUCACUGAGAAAUGCAAGCCAAGCUGAUGAGACAGUGCAGGGGGGGAGGCUGGAAAAGAGUAUAGAUUGGACAGAAUCACAUGUGUCCUCCAGUGCCAGAAUUCAAAAAAUGAAGAAAAUGAGAAUUUAUGAUCACCUUUCUAUAUUGUUCAACAUUUGACAGCAGCCAUUUGUAUGAAGGCAUUGGGUGGGAUGGUGAUGAGGGGUCUGGAGCGUUCUGCUUUACGCACUUGUGUCUGCAGGGUGUUUCUUCUUUCUUCUCGGUGUCCAGUUCUCCCCACCCUUCACUUGAAUUAUGAGUUCCAUUCCUUUCAUUCACCAAACGAAAACCAAAACUGUCUCCAUCUAGUCUCCUUCCGAUGACUCUUGACCUUACAAGACACAGUAGAACCGCUGCACGUGGUCCCGACGCUGCACAUCUUUUGGGAAGCAGACUGGCACAGCUUUCUCCCUCGGAGCAGCUGGUGGGUUCAAACUCCAACUUGAACACUUUAAAAUAAAAGGAAACUUUAAAGUGAAAAGAGGUGGGGAGGGAAGAGCGCUGGUGUGUAACAUGUUGCUCCUAAGCUUUAUAUUUAGCCUAGUGGGUAAGUUACAUGUUGGGCUGCUAACCUUGAGGUGGGCAAUUCUAAUUCACCAGUCACUAUGGGGGAAAAGAAAAGGUUUUCUGUACCCAUAAAGAUUUGCAGUCUUGGAAACAGCAAUGAGCAAUCCUAAUCUGCCCUAUAGGGAUACUAUGAAUCAGAAACAACUCUUUAGUGGUGGGUUCUUGGGUUACAACCCUUCUGCCCCACCCACAGCACUAAUUAUUCUAAAUGACCUCUAGACUCUUUUGGAAAUCUAGAUAAGGGCUCAAACAGUGUUGAUACCUAACAAGUUUGGGGGGUGACCCCUAUUCUUGUUGGCAUCCCUUACAAGCAGCUGUCCCCACUUCCUGAAGGGGUUAGUGGUGCAGUUAAAGCAGAUUUGGGUUCUCUGUGCUAUGCUAACCCUGAAGAGUGAUUCUCCCUGUCCUUGCUUGCAUUGGGGUCCAUUCUUGGUUCUGAAGUUGGGUCCUGUCUAUAUUCUGAGUCAGGAGGUUCUGCAACACAUGGCUGGGGACUGUGCGCAGGCUUGGCCAGCUUCAUGUCAGUGGCUUCCGCAUUCACAGCAGUGAGCACAGGGAUGGGGGUGGGGGAGAAAGGGAAUGGGGAGGAAGAACUACUACUGCAGAAACCGCAAUGAGGGAUCAGUGUUGGGGCAUCUGGACAAUCUUAGGAGGUUGAUACACCUGGACAUAAGGGACCAGCACAAUAGCUUUCUAUUCAGCUUCAUGACCUGUGCCUUUUAAACCACAAAUAUACCUCAAGCCUGGCUUCUCUUUAAAAAAAAAGAAUGUUAUAAUAUUAGACUCCAAAAAGUAGGCUCCAGUCUUAUGUGCCUGGGCCAUGAUGAGGCUACUUUUGAGGGAAUAAGGAAUGACACCUUCUUCAGCCUGAAGCUUUGCUGCCUACUCGCUAGGCUUUAAACAAUGACCGCUGUGGGGCCAGACACUCAGUUAUACGCAUUGAUCUUGCUUUCCAAAUCUGUAGGCUCCAGAGAUGUAAAUGAUUUUAUACUCAGCUAUGCAUAAUCUAGUCACUCAAGGUAAAUAAUGGUGAUGAAGCAUGAAGUGUUCUAACCUCAUUUGAUCCCAAUAAAGUUUUGUUAUAAUGUA